ACAACAGAAGGUCAGACAUGGCAGCCUGCGUCAAAGGGCUCGACAAGUGUAUCUUUUCCCUGAGGUUUUUACGAAACCUCCAGCUCCAAAAUGAACGGUUUUUGUGCACGUCCCUGUGCCGUCCUGCAUCGGGGAAUAACAACGAGCCAUCCAAAUUCACUCCUCCAUCUAAACCUGUCAUCGUAGAUAAAACACAAACCCCGGCGUCUCAGCGAAAGUUUCUGAGCCCAGAGUUCAUCCCUCCGCGACAAAGAACAGACCCUUUAAAGUUUUCCAUUGAAAGGAAAGACAUGAUCCGCAGGAGGAAAGUGCUCAAUAUCCCUGAAUUCUACGUAGGGAGUAUCCUGUCAGUGACCAUGGCUGAUCCUAAUGCCAGUGGUAAAACCAACCGCUUUGUUGGAAUUUGUAUCCAGAGGGGUGGAAAGGGGCUGGGCGCCACAUUUGUCCUAAGGAACAUCAUCGAAAAUCAAGGUGUGGAGAUUUGCUAUGAGAUGUAUAGUCCUCGUAUCCAGAAUAUUGAGGUGCUGAAGCUGGAAAAAAGGCUGGAUGAUAACCUGAUGUAUCUGAGAGAUGCUCUGCCCGAGUACAGCACUGUGGACCCGGACAUGAAUCCUGUGCCCUACUCCUCUACUGGAGAGGUUCCUGUCAACAAGAUCAAAGUAAGGAUGCGCCCAAAGCCAUGGUCAAAACGCUGGGAACGACCCAGGUUCAACAUCCAGGGCAUCCGCUUCGACCUGAGCCCUGAGCAGAUGGAGCACGCCCAGAAGUGGGCACAGCCUUGGCAGGAGUACGACAUGCUGAAGGAGUACGACACAUCCAAACUGGAGGAGGAGAUCCUCAGUGAGGUCAAGCAGGAGAUGAGAAAGUGAGGAAGAGCCUCCUAAAGUGAUGCGCAAAGAUUCUUCAGUUUAACCGUCAACACAAGAAUGGGAAAAGACUGGAGUCUGGAGAUUUGCAUGGAUGUGGAAGUUCACUCUGCAGGAAGUUCAUCCAGAUGUUAACCACAGCCAUACAAGUGUAUAUAAGGAGGGGCCAAUAUUGAAAUGGGUAUUGUAUUCUAAGGAGUCAUGCCUUCUUCGUUUUGUCUUAUCCAUCAGUCUGCUGUACAGUAUGAGUUCUUUCAUUAGUUCCCAGCCUUAGGUGUGACAUACGACAUUUUGCAGAUAUUAAGUGGUUUCUAUAAUAAACGAUGUUAAACCUC